CAAACGAAAUCGGCAGGUAGAGGAAGAAAAUUUCACGGUGCGCUGUGUCAAAGAAGACCGCCGGAUUCUGUAGAAAGAUCUGUGAAAAACGUAGAAAACAGUUCUUUCGUCAGCAUUGCUUUGAUUUGUGGUACGCUGGAUGCAGGAUAUCGUGUAUGGCGGACAAGAUAUGUCAAUUAUGCUACUUUUUCUCUGGAAAUAUGUCAGGUGUGAGUCCCAACAUUGGACUUAAUUUGGUGGAGUACAGUUUGUGAUACUAACAAGGACAAGUCAUGAUUAAUGUGGGUAAUGUUGACGGCCAUGGCCUGGACCAAGAAAUGUCCAGCAAAUCGGCUUUCAUGGAACUUCAGCAGCAGGGCAUGGGGAUGGGGCACCCGGCAUACCCCAUCCGCUCAACAUACCAGCCCCAUCACCACCCAUCCCAGCACGGGGACAACGUAUUCACCAACCCACAGGCCCGGCCGCCGCUGGGGUACCCCUUUCAUAUGAAUCCGAUGUCACCCUCUUCCUACAAUCCUCCGACUGGACAUCCGUUCUCCAUGCCGCCUUACCAGAGUCCUUCUCCAACACGAGAUGAAAAAACUCAAAUGGAGGAGCUGAGGAUUAACGGGAAAGGCAAAAAGAUGAGGAAACCGCGAACCAUAUAUUCCAGCCUUCAGCUGCAGCAGCUCAACAGGCGCUUCCAGCGAACGCAAUACUUGGCGCUACCAGAGCGGGCGGAACUGGCUGCUUCUCUUGGGCUCACCCAGACACAGGUUAAAAUCUGGUUCCAGAAUCGCCGCUCAAAAGCCAAGAAGAUGAUAAAACAGGGCGGGAAUCCUAUGCAGACAGGUGGUCAGCAGACCCCUACACCGGUGACGUCGCCAACUCAAGGCCAGCAACCCAUGCAACCGCAGUCACCUUCUCAACAACACUCCCCACCGACGCCCUCUGCACAUAGUCAUAAUGCGCAUGUGCACCAUCCUCCUAAUGGACUAAAAAUGGAAGCUCCGGAACAAAGUCAACACAACGCCAUGAUAUCCCCGGCUUCCUCCGUUAGUCCCGAACACGAACCUCAAUGGACCGAUCACACCGUCAACAGCUAUACCUCAUCCCAGUCCUACAUGCCAAUGUCCAGCAUGCCGCCGAUGACGUCAGUGAUGGGUUCUGGCAUGCCACCUAUGUCUCAUUACCAUUCAGCCUGGUAUUCCACUCAGCCAAUGAUGAAUCAACAAUCCUGUCUCACUUGAACUUGGUAGUAUUAGCUCUUUACAACUAACAAUCUAACCUCGGCACAUUCCGGUAGUGCUCGGGAAUUCUCGGGGAGACCCCUCUGCUUGUGAUAUUCCCUAAAUGUGUUGUAAACAUAAUGUUGACGCGGUUAAAUGCUUGUGGACUGCAUGCCCACUUUACGAAAGUGUUUGCAACAUUUGAAUUCCGCGCCGUAUGACUGUUCAUUCGCUCGCGUGACAGUGCAGCCUCGUCCCUGACUGUUGGACAGGCCAGAUUCAAACUCCGGUCUUAACAGAUCUUGUUUUCAUUAAUUUAUGUUUGAAAUCCAUAUUUGUAUAUAUCGCCAGUGAAAAUUGAAAAGGAACAUGCAAUAUGAAAGGAGGAUAAAGAAAUUAAGUUUUUGUUGGGUAGAUAUUUAAAUCCUGCAUUCGAUUGCGCAUGCAUCUCAUUGUAUCUCAUGUACUUCUAAAUCUCCUAAUAAUAUUGUUCUGUACGUUUCUUUUCAUAUGGCGUAAGUUAUAAUUUUGUUGUUCAAUGUCAUAUAUUUUUUAGCGUUAUAUUGUCAUGUGUAUAAAUUUUCCUUGUUUUUAGUGAAAAUUUUUACUUAUUUUUCUCAAUCUGAUGUUCACUGUCACGACUUAACAUUAACAUGUUGAAUGUAAAAAGAUUUUAUCUUACGUAAUGUGCAUGUAUACGCGCGGUAAAACCGUGAUUGAAUUAAUAAAGCAAUUUUAAAAGUCAAAA